AAUGGAAUUCACGAUUAGAACCUUCAGUCUCUCAAAUUUGAACCCAAAAAAUGUCGAUCGAAGGAGCAAAAUUCCAAAUUUCACAUGCAGGGGAAAGUGACACCUGUGGUUUCUGUGGGUACCAAGAAAUGCACAAAAAAUCCUGCUCUCGGCUCUAAUCGGCUUCCAUCUGCCAGAUACUUUUUCCACAACAGUAACCCAAAUUAGCCCCAUUCCUAUUCCCAUUACAUGCCAUUCGCCCGCGAACCCGAUGCCCGCCCCAAACGCCUCAACGUUUUCGAUCGUUAUGAUGCUCGGCCCCUGAUUCUGGCUCGCCCCGUGUUGGGUUUUUCAGGAAUCACUGUUUUAUCAUCUGGGUUUUGCGGGAAUUUGGUGGGUAUUUGGCAAUGGAGGACGGAGAGUACUCGAAGGAAUUGGAUAUGGCUGUUCGAGUUGUUCACUUGGCCUGUGCUCUGUGCCGGAGAGUUCAGGAGGGUUUGCUUUCGGCCGGCAAUGCCCAGGUUAUGGCCAAAGACGAUGAUUCUCCGGUGACAAUUGCCGAUUGGAGUGUACAAGCAACUGUUAGCUGGAUACUUUCCGAAUACUUUGGGAGCAAAAACGUAUCCAUCGUUGCUGAAGAAGAUGUACAAACUCUUACUAAGCCGGAAUCGAGAAGUCUGUUGUCAUCUGUGGUGAAAACUGUUAAUGAGUGCCUAGCUGAAGCACCAAAGUAUGGUCUUCAAAGUCCAGCCAAAGCACUCGGAGCUUCUGAAAUUCUUGAGGCCAUAAGCCGGUGCAAUUCAACUGGAGGCCCCACAGGAAGGCAUUGGGUGCUCGACCCCGUUGAUGGAACGUUAGGUUUUGUUCGUGGGGAUCAGUACGCUGUCGCUUUGGCCUUGAUGGAAGAUGGUAAAGUAGUUAUUGGAGUUCUGGGAUGUCCUAAUUAUCCUUUGAAGAAGGAAUGUUUUCAUUAUCACUAUAAAGUUGCAACACCGAGGUUAUCACCGCGGUGUUCUGAUACCUUGGAAAAAGGUUGUGUAAUAUAUGCGAAGCGAAGCCGCGGUGGGGCGUGGAUGCAGCCRUUAGUCCAUGGCGAUAUGAAGCUCGAGUGGCCAAAUUCAGCUAGCCUGAUUCAUGUUUCUUCAAUUGAUGACCCAGCUCUUGCAACUUUCUGUGAACCUGUGGAGAAGCGGAACUCGGAUCACUCGUUCACCGCAGGACUGGCUCACAGUGUAGGGCUUAGGAAGCAGCCAUUGCGAGUCUAUAGUAUGGUAAAGUAUGCUGCUAUAGCUCGAGGCGAUGCUGAGAUUUUUAUGAAGUUUGCAAGGACGGGGUACCGAGAGAAGAUAUGGGACCAUGCUGCUGGUGUUAUCAUCGUAGAAGCAGCGGGAGGUGUGGUAACGGAUGCUGGAGGUCAUCCCUUGGAUUUCUCAAGGGGAGUGUACUUAGAAGGCCUCGAUCGGGGAAUCAUCGUUUGCUCGGGGCCAAUCUUACACGAGAAAAUCAUUGAAGCAGUCUAUGCCAGUUGGGAUUCUUCAAAUCUAUAAAAUCCUUUGCUACACAUGACCGCGCAGAGCCGCAGAAAGGAGCAUCAAAGCCAUUAGGUACUUAUUUCUACUAAAACUGAGUCAUCUUACUACAAUCUUAUCACAUAGAGCCAUUUUAUAUAAUCUUUUUGAAUAACUUCUGAUGGGCUGGCUGCUGAUAUGAUCAAAAUUUUCUGGGCAAUUUGUUCUACUAAAUGACUUUCUUGUAGAACAGAUCUGAUUUGAUAUAUAAUUCAUGUAUACACACAGAAAGAAAGCAGAAUGCUUUGGAAAUGUAGCAGAAAGAUUCUCAUCCAAAA